UACUCAGCAUAUUAAUAAGAUCAUAUAAAGUUAUCAUGGCCGGAGUAAGACAGAUUAAGAUUAUUGGACUUACAUUGUUAGUCAUUUGUCUUGUGUUUAUCCUUCAUCGUACAGGUUCGAAUGCUGCUUCGUUGGUGCAUGCCCAGGCUAGCGACCAACUCCCUCAUAAACAAGCCACUAAUGCUGGUGGAUCAGCUCCACCUUCCAAACCGAAUAAUCUCGUUGAAGAUUUUGCCGGUUCCAAUAAUGAUGACAAGGUGGAUGAAGCUAUCAACCGUGAAAUCAGCAAAGACAGAGAAAAUGACCUACCAGCCAAACCUCAAAAUGGUGGGCCUUCAAGUAAUGAACAACUGGAAGUAUCGGAAGAGUUUGAUCCUGCUGCCGAGUUGAUCAAAAUUAGAGCAUUAUCACCCAUGACUAUAUUUUCCAAGUCAUAUUGUCCAUUCUCCAAAGCCCUUAAGGCGUUGAUGUCAACAACGUAUACCAUUACACCCGAACCUAAUAUUGUGGAAUUAGAUAAACAUGAACAUGGAGCUCAAUUACAGGAUUAUUUGGCGGAGAAAUCAGGAAGAAGAACCGUGCCUAAUGUCUUGGUUGGGACUUCAUUUGAAAGCAGAGGUGGAAAUGACGAUUUCCAAGCGUUCCACCAAGAAGGAGAGUUGAUUAAAAAAUUGAAAGAAUGGGGUGCUGGUAGAUUAGAAGUAAUAAAGAAUGAUACCCCUUCAAACGCUUAGGUUUGCACGUUUGAAGUUUUGCACAUUUGAAGUUUUAAGCACGUUUAAACUAAUGUAUAGUUGAAAAAAUACACAUUUAAAGAACUAAUGUAACAUU